AUGCACAAUGUUAUCCCUAAUAGUAUCCACUGCGACUGUGUUACGCUUUUUUGGAAUGUUUCAAUGUAAAGCUUUACUUCAAACCCAGACAUUAUGGUGUUUGCAAUAAUUCUACCAUGACUAAAUCUUUCAGUUGCUGCUGUACUAACUCUGUUCCCUCUCUCUGUCCAUGUAUCUGCUUGCGUGUCUGUUAGUGGCCAGUGAGGCUCCAGUGUCCAGGCCCACUCCUCUGUAUGGACAGCCGUCGUGGUGGGGGGAGGAUGAUGCUGAACACAGUGAAGGACAGCGGCCAGACGAGGACCCUACAGGUCUGGAACAAACACUACUCUACUAUUACUAUACUAUCAAUUCAUAUGUUUCUCUGGAUAUGUGAGAGUGAGCGUGUCACUAUGAAAGAGGCCUGGCACUUCAAUAUUGUUAUUAGCUGUGCUGACUCAUAAAGGUUACACCCAUUGUAUUUGAUUAGAGUGACAAAUAUAACACUUUGUUAUGCAUCACACCAAAGGUUUUCAAUGCAUCCAUUGAGAGAUGGAUGGUGUUUAGCUCAGUAGUGCCUCAGUAGUGACCAGGAGCUGCCAGUGUCACACUAAGCCAGGUUGGUCCAGGGCCAUGCCAGGCCAGCGGGCAGUGCCUCGUGAUGGAUUACCCCUGUAAGCCCAGGGUACAGGGUGGAGGAGGGAGGGUGACUGUUAGCCUCAUGCUGCCCACUCUCCUUUGGACUCCAAGCUCCCACAGUUACAUUUCUUCACGCCCAGCUGGCCUGGCACCCAUUGAUUGGCUAAUGUAUUUGUAUGUUUGCUUAGUCAAGCCAUCUUGUUAUUUGUGGCUCCAGAUUUAUAGGGAAUACUUGGCAGACUGAGUUUUUCCGUGAUUUGUUUUCCUUGACUGUUGUAGUAUGUCACAGUUGUUAUUUCUCCCCAGUAAUAUUUCAUUAGAGUAGUGUCUGUGAUUCCUUCCCUUACCCACCUCAUACUGCAUGUCCUUUGUGCCUGCAGUUGACAAUAGGGUUGGGAAUUGCCAGGGACCUCACAAUACGUUAUUAUCACGAUACUUAGGUGCCAUUAUGAUGUGUACUGCGUUUCUCAUGAUUCUCACAAUUCUGUGUAUUGUCGAUUCGAUAUUGCGAUUUGAUGUUCCAAAAAUAUUGCUCACUAUAUGUCUGCUGCAGAGAGACGAGAGAGCAUGAGAAAAUGAGUUUUGAUCAGUCGGGGAAAUAAAAGUGCGAGUUUUGGCACCUACUAGCGCUAGCUAACGCUAAUGAUUUUUAAAAAAUCUAUACUUUGAGUCAAAUAUCGAUAUGAUAUCGUCCAAAAUAAUAUUGCUAUAUGUAACUGUAUCGAUUCCCCCCCCCCCCCCCAUCACUAGGUUACAGUAUUGGUCUAUAUAGUAUUGAUCUAUAUUGUCCUGCUGUCUUCCCCCUGUGUCUGCCCCCACAGAGAAUACUAAAGAGAGCUACAGACAGGAGGUCAACGGCUCCCUGUCAGACAGCCAGGCCAAGUCCAUCUACUCAUACCACAGGGAGCCCAGCUACUUUGAGAUCCCCACCAAGGAGUUCCAGCAGCGGGAGCUCCGUGAGGUUCCCACUAAGGACACUGAUCCCCCUGCUGUCCCUGUCCCUGUUCUCCCCCCAGCCCCCAACUCCACCCCCACACCCCCUGUGGUGCAGAGCCACGCCUCCUUCACCAUCGAGUUUGACGAAUGCACGCCGGGCAAAGUCAAGAUCAAGGACCAUGUGACCAAGUUCUCCUUCCGCCAGCAACGCAAGCUCCCGGGUAAGGAGGCGGUCACCACACCCACUGAGGUGAUGUCAGCUGAGAGCAAGGUGGCUGAUUGGCUGGUCCAAAGCGACGUGAGCAUGAUCCGGAGGUGGUCUCGGACAGAGGACAUGUUCAGCACCAACAGUGACCUGCCCAUCUACAACAAGGCUUCCACAGGUGAGUGACUCAAUGAUUUAUACACUGAAUCCAAUGUUACUAUCCACUGUUACUGUCAGAGCUUUCAAGCUAACAUGUUUCUGUAUUUAUCAUCAGGCCAUCACCAUGAGGAUGGGACUCGGGGCAACUCUGAGGAUCCUGUUGUGAACGGGAAGCAGGUUAUCCAGUCAAAGCCACCGAUGGGGCCUCACACGUCUCUACCAACCCAGCUGUCCCCCCCUCGACCCUUCACCCCCCCUGACUCAGAGGAGCUUCUGUCCAGCUCCCCUCCAGAGUCUCACUCCCCUCCUCAGAGCCAGGGCAAAGCAGACCCCAAGAAAGUCUUCGUCAUCGAGUUCUUUGAUGACAAUCCACGCAAGAAGCGUUCACAGACCUUCACCAACAACACAGUCCAGCCCGACAGCCCGGCACUCAGGAACAAGCUGGAGAGGAAGUUGGGCCCCAGCACCCCCACCCAGCAGUAUACCAUCCCCCUGAAGGGCCCGGGCUCUGGAGGCCCCCAGAGGGCCGGCUCCCUGAGGCGGGAGAAGACGGAAGAUCGGAUCAAUACUAGCUUCUCCUCCCCCUCCUCCUCCAUACAGCCCAGGCCCUUUAGAAGUGUGGGCCGCAGGUCCAAACUUUCCCAGGACUUCACUGCUGAGUUCCUGAGGGAGUCCAGACAGGAGACUAGACCAAGCAUGAACACAACCUGGGAGAGGAAGACUUCACCUGUGUCUCCUACCACCAGCCCACCACCAACAGAAAUGGCAGCAGUGCCCCACUCCCACCAGACCCCACCAAGUCCCCCUCAGCCCCCUGUCCCAUACCUGACUCAGACCUCCACCGUCAACCAGCCUGUGCCCCUGAAAGCCCCUCUAAUGUCCCUGGCCAACCACACCAUGGAGGCCGCACGGAGCCUGGAGGCCGCACGGAGCCUGGAGGCCGCACGGAGCCUGGAGGCCGCACGGAGCCUGGAGGCCGCACAGAGCCUGGAGGCCACAUUUACCAUGGAGGUCGGAAGCCCCAGAAGCUUGGGGAACGAGGAGGAUGAUGCCUUGAGUGAAGCAGGCACCUACACCAUUGAGACAGAGGUCCAGGAUGAAGAGCUGGUGGAGGCACGCAGCAAGAUAAACCAGGCAAGUCUCUUUGCCUUACUCUCUGUAGUAGUCUUAUCUCUCCAAGUUUGUUUUAAUAUCACACCUUGUCAUGCUAUAAGCUUCAGCCUGAGAUAACCUGCCUUGUCAAGUAUCCAACAGCCAUGCUAUCUAACAAAAGCCCCCAUGAGCCUCCAGCCCUGUAGCGACAGCAUUCACACUCACACAUCAUGCUUUGUUUCUGACAGGUGUUUGGUGUUGUUGAGGGGCCAGAGCAGCCCAGCCACAUUGAAGCAGCAGCAUAUAAGCCUGUUAAGGCUCAGGACAGGGAGGAGCAUAGGGAGAGUAGCUCUGUGGAUAUAAGUCCAGCUCCAGGGCAAGGACAGAAUCUGCUGCAGGUAAACCCCCAGCUGGCCUCAGUGUGGUGACAGAUUCCCAGAGUUAACGCAAUUUAAAAAAACAAUCAAUCAGUCAAUUAAUUAAUCAGUCAAUCAAUUAAUCUGCUGGGUCAAUAAGCUAUUCGAGUUGGGAAGCACAAAUCUGCAUGUUUUGGUCUCUUGAUUCUCAAUGGUUUCUCCUCAUCUCCCUCGCAGAUAUCGUGUAGUCUCUAUUGGUUUCUGGGGGUGUUGUUGUUGUAGUUCUUUACUUCCUGCUGGGUUUGGGUGUGACCAACUGGUUUUCUCUGGUGGUGUCCUUGGUUUCUAUCUGAGGAAUAGGAAUGGGUUUGUGGCGGUUGGAAUGUUUUUGUUGUCAUAAAGUGUCAUUUUCAGAUAUAAAAAAUAUCCCAACAUCCCAAGCUGUAAAAGUGUCUAUUCGCCUAAUAGAUUUUUCAAUCAUAGAAUAUAAUUUCUUGAACGGGAUUGUGUUAUUUUUCCUCCUAUUGUAAGCGUUAUUGUGUUUACUGACUGCUGUUGAGACGUGAAUAACUAGAGUGAUCCUUCGUGCAGUUGUCUGGUGGCUCUAAGUGGGUGUCUCGCUGGGCCAGCCUGGCAGACAGCUACACAGACUCUGGCCCCACCUCAGGCCUUUUCGACAUCCCCUCACAGAUUGAGCAGUCAGGAGGAGGUAAGACAUGGGAAUUUGCACAGAAUUUGAAGUUAUAGUCCUGAUUAUCAACUUCAUAAAAAAUGCAUCCUUCUGUUUCCAUUCAGUUGGUGGGAGGACCGGCUAUCAGGCGAUGCUCAGUCGGAAUGUCAAAAGUGUGGAAUCGAAAGGCCAGAGUUCCAGAACACGGCGGAUUCUGCCUCAGGCACCAUUGAUGGAGAAGAAUGAGACUCCAACUCCCAGCAUUCUAAUCCAUCAGGACACUUACUCUACCUAUGAUAUCAGAGAGAAGAGCUCCAGAACCCCCUGCCCACAGGAGGGCCACAACCUGUAUGUACAGGACGACCUGGACCCAGACAGCCUGAGUGAUGCCAGUAAGUCAGACGACGGCUCCAUUGUGGAGCAGAGGACGACGCCCACACCAGAGACAACAGACAAGAGUUUAUCUCAGAACAGAGAAGAGGAGAGGCCCAGACUCCCAGCCAAGUCUACAUCAUUCUACAUUGACUCUGAGGAGCGGGGAUCCAGACCCAAUACGCCCAAGACUGAGAGAAAACAACCACCUCCUCCCAAUACACCACAGUUCUCUACAGCCACCCUGACCAAACAACGGGGUGGACAGGACUCACAGAAGACUGUGAAGCCCAACUCAUCAGCUUCCAACCUGGACUACCAGGGCAGAGUCAGCCCUCAGCCCAAGGAGAUCUCAGUGUCUCUGGUCAGGCAGGAGAGCUUCACUAAGGACCAGCCAAGUGAUGCUACACAGGUCACCAAACUCCCCCACAUCUCCAGCCAGCCUGCUCUGAAUGACCCAGACCCUGCUGAGGUGUUCCAGGGUAUCUGCAGCCAGGACACCCACUCCUACCUCAAGGAGACUGAGGACGCUCUGGCUGCCCUGGAGGCCAAGCUCCAGGCCCAGACUGACGUAGCUCCCCGCCCCAUAGAUGACGCUCUGUCUGGUGAGUCUGACAUGGACUCAGCCAGCACCGCCAGCCAGCACAGCAACCAAACUGCCCCCAAGACCGGAUCCAAGAAGCCCUCUAUCACCUGUGGCCUUCAGAGGGAGAGGUCCUCUGCCAGCUCCUUCACCCAGGAGUCCAUCCGCCAGCCAUCAGCCCAUGGUCGCCUGUCAGAGAAGCGGUGGUCUCAGGGAGCGGACAGCAGCAGUAAGCCUGAACCAGGCAGGAGGCUGGGGAUGAGACGCAGUGUGGGAAAACAUGGCUCCAUGGACCUUAGUGAUGACCCCCAGAGCUCCAGCUUACCCUACUGGCCUGACACCAUCUCCUCAGACCAGGAGGGCUCCCGGCCCACUGCACGCAAGAAGUACACCGCCCCCCUGCAAAAGGAGGAUUCUUCUAAGUCCUCCAAAGUGGCCCAGGCCCUGAGCCGCUCCAACAGCAUGUAUGCCCCAAGGCCUACUAGAGCCUCCAUGCUUCGCCGGGCUCGCCUGGGCGAGGCGUCCGACAACGAAGGCACAGAGACGGACAGGAUCUCCCAGGAGGCCAGCAGGACCACCAAGGCCUCCCAGGACAGUAAGAAGCAGCUCUCCAGGCUGGACAUGCUGGCUCUGCCCCGGAAGAGGACCAGCUCCUUCACCACUCCCAGUGAUACAGAGUCCUCCGCACCCAGGACAGGCUUCUCCAACCGCAGCACAGAGUCCAACAGCGGCUCUGGCCGUAAGGCCUCCGUCGCCGGGCCCAGCUCUAAGCCUGCGCUAGGCAGGGCCUCUGGAGCUCCCGGCAAGCCCAUCACCCGCUCCAGCAGUGCCAAAUACACCAGCAGCACAGCCAGUGAGUUACAAACACAGUCUCCUCUUUGUAAUGUUAUAUCAUAUUUUGCAGUCUCUUGACAAAGAGAUCAUUACAGGUGGAAAAAUAUGUCUUAAUAAGUGUUUAAAUAUGUCCCAGCCAAUCUUGAAAUGCUACAGAAAUGUAAUGAAACAUAAAAAUGACAACUUCUGGAUUGGAAGCAUCACAUUUUAGGUCUGCAUAAAGGAGACCAGUCCUAUUAAUGAUCUGGAUGAAUUGGUUUAAGUGAGUUUGAAACAAUUAGUCCAACUAACAAGUUACAAGGGGGCAAGCCGAGGUUGUAUUCUUCUGGAGAUUGGUUUCAUAAGCCAUGGUUUAAAGGUCCCUGACCUUUGGCUUUGUAAUAAGGACCUUCACUAACAACACUUAUGCUGUAUUGCUAUAUAACCCCUUCAAUAAUUUCCUCUAGGGGCAAUUUCACGGUAACAGAAUGAUCAUGAGAUGCCGAUUCUUCACUUUAAAAUGAAUGCAUAACAAAAACCAAUGAUUGCAAAGUUAAACAAACCAUACAACUCUAUGCACAAGGAUGACUUUUAACAAUUUCCACUGAAAGUUUUACAAAAACAGAUUUAGUUGAAGAACAGUGCAGAUGCAAAGUUUGGUAACAGGGGGCCUCCCAAGUGGCACAGCGGUCUAAGGCACUGCAUUGCAGUGCUUGAGGUGUCAAUACAGACCCGGGUUCGAGCCCAGGCUGUGUCACAGCCAGCCGUGACCGGGAGACCAAUGAGUCAGCGCACAAUUUGACAUAGCUUUUAAAGUGUCAGCAUCACUCUACCGUGGAAUGUCCUCUAGAAUACCUGUGGUGAAAGGUGAUACCAUCUGCACAAUGUUCUCAUAAUCAUUAUUUAAUGUUCAAUCAUGAUAACAUGACUGUCUAGAAAAUAUUGUGAGAAUAAGGUGGGUCAAAUGUCGAAUAACGUACGUACACUAUCCUUUUGAGCGAUAAUAAUUACAUUUUUCUUUACUUUGUGACUUCUUCUAUGGUCUUCAACAACAUUACUAUUUUUUACAGUAGCCGUUACUAUUGUUGGGUUGAGUGCUCAUUUCAGGUUGUGAAUAUUUUUGAAUAAAAUAAAAUCCUAAUGAAUAACAUAUACAGAAAGAUUUUGGUUGUGAUCUUGCAUCAGUACAUUUACCAUCUGAAUGAGCACUUCUACAAAACCCUUCUGUAUGGGUCUCUGGGGUAUAUUUGGGUAUUAUGGGAUAUGUGGGGUUUGUAGUUUUUUUGCGGUGUCCUUUUCAUGGUGUCUCUCUGUUUUUACCUGCCUUCCUUCUCCUAAUCUCAACACCGUUCAAACCAAUUCAUGGCUCCAAGGCUCCAGACGACGACAGAAAGGCUCUGACUACACCUCCACCUCGGAGGAGGAGUAUGACUCUGGUAACCAGAGUACCCCUAAACACAAACGCUCCCAGACCCCCUCAGCCUCCCGCUCCCAGCCCCUCAUCCCCCCGCGCCCCAAACCUCACUUAAGAGACUCGGACCAGGAGAGUCACGAGGGAGACGCCUACCAGAACUGGUCCUCCCACAGUGCUGAGAUAGCAAAGUGAGUUGAGAUAGCAGGUGGACAGCCAGGGCCGGCUCCAGUCAUAAGCGGUCGCUUAGGGCCCCAGACCUUUUGUGUUUAUUUUUAGGAUCUCAGUCGACAUCUCAACUUACUUUUGAGAGUUAGAAUAGUACAAUGCACAAGGUGCAAGUUCGAAAUUUGGUUGUGCAUCAGCAUUUUUUCUCUUGUUAUGUCAGUCAUUAGCAGUCACUCAAUGAUGACUAGCAAUUAUUUGAUUGGUAAGUUAGUCUAGCAAGCUAGCUAUACCUUUAGUAAUCAUGGCCAAAUACCGACCAGGCACGCAGGGCACGUGCCCAGGGACCCUGACCUCCAGGGGGCCCCCAUGGAUUUUGUUAGUCACUCUCACUCAGAUAUAAUUAACAUGGCAUAAGUCAUGGCAAAAUGUAUAGAAUUGCAGGAAAUAGGCUGUAAGAAUGCGCAAAAAAAUCUCUGCCCCAUGGCAAAAUGUGUAAAACUUGCUUCAGAACUGCAAAACUUCAAUUUUUCGCUCUUGGAGGAGUGCCUGAGGUGUCCCUAUGUUGGUCUGUUCUCCCCUUCUAGACUGAGUCAGGACCUGGCUAAAGAUCUGGCCAUCUUGGCCAGGGAGAUCCAUGACGUGGCUGGUGAUGCUGAUCCUCAGAGCUCUUCUGGAGUGGCCAACACACCUGCUUCUACCAUGACCGCCCGGGACGAGGUAUGUGAACCACACUGCCUAGUCACACACUUAUGGGCCUAAUGAAGAGCUUUUCAAUUUAAAUAUUUUCUUUAGCACCCAAUACAGUAUAUCCUUUCCUGUCUUCACUGAUUCAUGUUAUAAUGGCUGGAGAAGACAUACACAACCUAUAAACCAAGAGUUUUCAUUCACUCCAUGCUAUCAGACAGCACAGUCAUCUCCUCAGGCUGCCCAGCCUUCUCAGGUGCAGAUUUAUCAGUUCACUCUCACAACAACAUUUAAAUUGGUUGCUCUCACAUCUGUGACCAAUGCAAAACAUUCCACUGUCAUUAAUGGGGUUAUAUCCAUGGAUUCAUCUUGAUCGCUGUUUCUUACCAUAUCUGCUACCUUAUGAUUGGCACAUAAUAAUAACCACCCUUAACUGUUGAGAGUGUCUGGCUCUUGUUGUAUUGCAGUUGGUCCAUCCUAUUCCUAAAGCUGGUGUGAACUACCAGAGAGCUCCCCCUGGUUCACCUGCUACCGGGGACCCCGACCAGACAAUGAUGAAUGACCAGGAACACAACUCUGAGCACAGAGGAUGGAACCAGGAAGAGGUUAGACAAUAACAUUGUUCAUGCCGCUUCAAUCCAUUUUGAGAAUUACAAUUUUUACAAAUAGAUUCUCUUGAUAAGUUGCUCUUUAGCCCAACUGUGUUCAGCCUUGUCUUUGUGAAGUGGAGAGCUGACUGAAUGUAUUUGUCUAUGAUCUCUCUCUCCAGGUUGUUGUUGAUGAUCUUAUGUUGACUCCAGUGUCCCAGAUCUCUCUGGCUAUUCGAGAAAACACGGAGCAACUAGCUGAGAAAAUAAAGUAAGAAUGUAUACCUAGACAAGAAGCAUGUGCAAAAGUUCACAAUACUUUUUCAGGCCAUUCUCCCCACAGCUCAUACCAGAACCAGAUGAGAAGUUGUAUUAAUCCUCUCUGAUAUGCAGUUAUCUCGUUAGCUCUGAGUGAGUGAGUGAGCACAGCCUGCCAGCAUGGCUAAUGGACUGAGAGUGAGUGGAAUGUGCUGUGUUGGGCAGAUAGUCUAUCCUUAGGGAGAUAUGGGACCUCAGAUAUUCAGUAUAGUAAUUCCUCAUUUUAUACGUGGUUGCUCUGUCUGUACUCUAGAGUUCGUUUUUUGUGCUUGCAGGGUACUAUUCCACAACAAACAGGAAGUUUGGGAGGAAAUUGAAGCAAAGAUCAAUGCUGAAAACGACAUCCCUGUCCUGAAAGGCUCAAACAAGGUUGGUAUUUCUCCAGACUUAUCUGACCAGGUUUGUAGUUAUUUCCGAUGAUUUGCUGUAUUGUUUAUUUCCCUCGGCAGUGUAACAUGCCUAUCUGUAUUUCAGGAAAUCACAUCUAUUCUCAAAGAGCUCAGAAGAGUUCAGAGACAACUUGAAGGUAAGUGCACCUCACAAAUAUUGAGUAAAACCUCCAUGUAAACAAGCAUCACUUAAAAGCUUUUUUUUUUUUUUUGUCAUUUGCUUUUCUCCCUCAGCAUUUCAGAUGUGUUGAUUAUGCCAAAUUGUUCUGUCCCCUUCCCAGUCAUCAACACAAUCAUUGAACCCAGUGGGAACCUUGAGCCAGCCAAAACCUCCACUACUAGUGCCCCCUCCUCAGCCGGGGUAAGGCCAUCCAGGGCCCCUUCGAGAGACUGGAGAUCCUUAGAAUCCCAGCGGGGUGGUGGUGGGGACUCCUCUUCCAGCUCCAGGCCCAGUGAGAAUGUCAGGAGAUCAGCCAUGGCCUCUGAGGCAGAGAGCUAUGUGGUCUGA